UCAUUGUACCGAAACUGUGAUAUUUCACAUGCCAUUUAGUUUUAGGAGCCGCAUUGCAGAACCUUUCUUACGAUAUUAAGCAUAUGGAGCCAACUAAUAUGAGUAACCUGACAACGUUCUGCAAACAACUACUUCAUUACGUUUCGGAGAACCCCGACCACGUGUUUACAGAUCUCAGCGGGAUAGUAGAUGUCGAAAAUCAAAUAACAAAACAGAUGGAGUCAUUGCCAGCAGGUGACCUCGAUAUGAGCACAACGGUUUCUUUGUAUCUUUCCAUCUUGAACCACGUGUACAAUUUCCAAACGAAUAGUGGCCGUCGACAACAUAACCAAACGCCCAAGUUACUGGAACUUCAGGAUAGUCUUAUCAGAUUGUCAAAACUUAACCUGAAACUACAGAAUAUCAGUAAAACGUUUGAACUCAACAUGACAUCCGUGUCAAUAACGGUAGGAGACGGAGGAGCGUUACAAGAAAAGUAUACAACAGCAUAUGGCAGGGUCAUACUAGAAAACAUCGAGAACUUGAGACAGAACCUUGCCAGUCAGAAACUGAUGAUUAUGGUUAUAUCGUACAAAGAGAAUCUGUUCUGCCGCUCACAAACACCUGAUCACAUCAAUAUCCCCGUCAUGACAACAGUUGCUUUCGACGAUGACGGACGAAACCUGUCAGAUGUUAACUUCUUAAUGGGGUUUCCUGUUUCAUCUAAUCUCGACACUGCCAAUAGCUCUUUAGACAUGAAAUUCAAUGGGACUCACUAUAUGGCAGCUUUCCCCGGAGGAUUUUUCAACAGUGCUUCUGCUUUGGUGUCUGCUGACAUCUCGAUGAUGGAAUCCUGUGAGAUCUAUGGCAAAUAUGGAACUACGUCACCGACUUAUAAAGACUUUGAUUUCUAUCUUCAAACGAAUGGAUUGAUUUCAGUAACAAAAUAUCGACCAUACAACUUCUUGUUCUCAUUUGUAGAAGGAAUUGUACAGUUGCCAAUAACCCAAACACCAGUCAUUAUCAUAGCCCAGUGUCAAGCGGGUGAAAAUACAAAACAAGGAGGCGUUCCAUAUCUGCAAAUACACAAAGUGUUAUCUCAAGUAAUAGAAGGGCAGGCGAGUUGUUGGAAAUCAAGCAAGAGCCUUCAGCUGGCUGGGGGGAGAAAAUCCGAGAUUACUUUGAAGUCAUUCUUCUUCGGUACAUUCUCAGCGAGCAUAAAGUUGAUACCACCAGAUGAGAUAGAUUUCCAGGCGGUCUUUCUGAAUUUUUCUGAAAAGCUGAAUGACACACCAUAUGUCUUGGCAACAGUACUAGCAGUACUUAUCGCCCUUGUCAUCGCAACACCAUUACUGCGUAAACAGGAUUGCAUCGACUACGCUCUGUGGUCAUAUGAGCGUUUGAUUGAUAACAAACCCGAUUCGACCUUCGAUUAUUAUAUCUGUGUAUCCACUGGAGUCAGGUCAAAGAGGCAAAUGGAGGCAUUGGUUUAUAUCAAUAUUAUCGGAACCAGAGGCGAGACCGGGGCACGCCUAUUGGCAGGAAACAACAGAAAGAAUUUUAGCAACGGAACCUCGUGUAAUUUCUUUAUGAAAUCAGAUAUUUUCCUUGGAAAUAUUAAAACCGUCAAGAUUUGGCUUGGAGGAAAUAUCAAAUCGCAAUCAUGGUACUUGAGCAAAAUUAUCAUAAUAGACGAAAAGACGAGAAAUGCGAUUCAGCUGAAAUGCAACAAAUGGCUGUCACUUGAAAAAGGCACAGGUCGGUCCUGGCGAACAUUACGAGCCGGAAAGAAAACUGACAACGCGAGCAGCCUUUCAGAAAUCAGUACACGGAAUUUAUUUGAUGAUCAUCUGUGGUUUUCACUGCUAUUCCGUCCAAGGUACAGCAGAUUUACCAGGGUACAGAGGCUGUGGAGCAUAGUAUCACUACUGUUCCUUUCAAUGGUUGCCUCAGCGAUGUUUUAUGAUACACCAGACGAUACGCUUCCUUUUUUAAACGUGGGAAACUUCGAACUAGGGUACAAGGAAAUAUACACUGGGUUGAUGUCCAGUAUCAUAACGGUUGUACCAUCUUUGAUUAUAACCUUCGUGUUCAGCAAAAGAAAAGUUCUUGGGGAGAAACCUUUGAGCAUCUCAAAUAACGGUGACACUGUUGGUUCCUCUGGAAGUCUACCCUGGUGGUCAAUAUUCCUAGCAUACACAUUACUGUUGCUAUGCAUCAUUUCAGGUUCAUUUUUUACACUUUUGUACUCAUUGGAAUGGGGACCUUCCCUCACUGUGAAAUGGAUGUCUUCGUUUUUUCUUGGAUCAACACAAAGUGCCAUCAUAAUCGACCCUGCAAAGGCAAUCAUACUCGCAAUCCUUCUAGUUUGUCUCUGUUCAGAGAAGAACAAUCGAAGUGAUUUUUACCUCCCGCCGACCUCUGUAGUAGACAAACAACAAGAGUUCGCCGGUCAAGGACACUGUAACAGACGAGUAGCAGACUGUCCGUGUGAUGAACCAGAAACCAGAGCCCAGAAAAAGCGUCGUUACACGCUACACAUGGAUCGGAAACUAAACAGAUUACUGAGGAGAUUCGUAUUUGGGGUUUUAUAUGCUUGCAUGGUUUUGCUCAUUGGUACACAGCAGAAAGUUUCCGAAGUGUAUGGGCAAAACAAGCACUUGAAAAACGUUUUGAAACCUACACAAGAGGUGGAACAAAUGGAAGAUGUCUGGCAAUACCUGAACAAAGUAGUAUUGCAACGUUUGUACCCUUCGGAGUUUUCCAGUGGUGAAAUAAAAUCAUUGAAUGAGCUGAGAUUUAUUGGAGACUACUAUAAAAUGGGGCCCAUACGCCUUCGCCAAAUUCGAGUAACGGGCACUUGUACCACUCCAUCAUUGAUGAAGAAACACGGCAUAGCUUGUAUUCCUGACUACGAUACGGAUACCGAAGACACUAAUGACUACACCGAAGGUUGGAUCACAACGAAUAUGUCUGCUUCAUUGAAUGACUACACAGCGUCGUAUCGAUACCAUCACAACCUCAAAGAAACGCCCACUUACACUGGACAUUUCGGAACAUAUGGUGUCGGUGGCUAUCUCGUUGAUUUGGAUGUUUUGCCCACUAAGGCCAACGAUAUUGUUAAUAGAUUGCGAAGGAAUGUUUGGCUUGAUGAACAAACACGUGCCUUUUUCAUUGAAGCAUGCCUCGUUAACAGAAACAACAUGAUUUUUACUCAUAUUCAAGUCGUAUUCGAAUUCCCAAGCACAGGUGGAAUAUUCACAGACACAACCGUUGUCUCAUCCAAUCUCUAUCCGUACACACACACGUUUGACUACAUCAUUCUGUUCCUUCAGAUAUUGUUUUCAUUUACCAUCUUGGUGCGGUUCGUGUUGGUGGUUGCAAAGAUUAUAAAAACACAAGGUCACUCCCUUUUAACAAUGAGUCAAGCCAUCGAAAUUGUUCAUCUAGGAGUCUCCGUGGCUACUGUUGUUUGCCUUGUCCUCAGAUUCACCAGCACAAUAGCCGUUCUUAACACUCUCCGACAGGAAAUGGGUUUCUACACAUCCUUUGGGUAUGUCUUUCAAUGGGAUGGAUAUUUCUCUUUAUCCUUGGGUAUGGUAACGUUCCUUGCUAUCCUGGACCUGCUGAAACAUCUGCAAUUCAAUUACCAGAUCUUCUUGGCGUACAAGACAAUCACAGCGUUUCGCAGAGAGCUUUUUAAUUUUACAUUAGCUCUAUCAGUUCUUAUUGUUGGUUUCGCAUCUUUGAUUAAUCUGAUAUAUGGUCCCACGGAAAGGGGUUUCAGAAGCAUUAUAUCCGCAAUACUGACUCUGUUUCGUAUGACAAUCGGAAUGAUCAAAUUCCGCAAUGACAUAGAUGUGCCAGCACUAGAUAUAUUUGUCAUGUUUGCAAUAUACGCCUUAGUCACUACGCUUGCAUUUGUUAAUCUUUUAACAAGUUCGCUGAAUGCUCACAUCACACAUAUCAAGCAGUUGAUUAGAGACGGGAAGACACCGUUCGACUGGUAUCUCAGUCGACACUUCUGGAAUCGUCUGACAGGUUUAUUCACCGUAUGUGGUGUUGCAAGACCACGCAAUAGAAGAAAGAAAGUAUCUUGA